AUGUCUUUUGAUUCCGUCUUUGAAAUCAUGCGUGUAGAUCUUAGCUCUGAAGAUGUGCGGUCUUUUUGUAGAGCUAGAUCAUCGGGGCCUGCGUUUAAGACGGUAAAGACACAAGCGGAUGGUUCUUCUGAGCGACAGAAGGCUCAACAAGCUCGAAAGAAAGAGAAGAGAAGAUUGAAGAAGAAGCAGUUGAAAGAACAAAAGAAAAUGAAGGAAGAGGAAGCCAAAAAGGGAAAGACCAAUGACCUGCCUCUGGAUAGCGGCGAGAUCCAUAUCGGUAACACGCAACAGCCACUCCCUAAGGACGCGACUAUGAGCUCUCAACCUGUUGUUGAUAAGGCUCCACCCAGUGAUAGUGGCCUUGCUGGUGGUUAUAUUGAGGUGUCUAAUAUAGAUACAUCCUCGAGUCAUACAGUUCGUCUCUCAAACCAGAAAGAGGAAGAACAUGAAGAGCAGAAUGGGUCUUCUUCGAUUCAUGAUGAAACCAGCCCUAUUAUUUGUCACUUGCACGGUCGAAAUAUGUGUCAAUUUAACCUCAGCUGUUGCGUGCAUAAGCCCACUAUUGACUGCAACUGUCCACCCAGGUGGUCCUGUUGCUGUGCUCAUCACUCGGGAGAUUGCUGCAAAUGCGUCUUUGCUUCUGGAUCUUCUUAUUUCGGUGAACAUGCCUCAAAGGCGCCAUCAGAUGGCUUUAGACGGACGUCAGAGCAAGAGAAUAAGGAAAUGAAUGUAGUGGAUGUUGGUGUGGGCAGCAGUGAAGCUUCAUCCGAACACCACACCGUUGCGACCGAAAUACUUCCCAAUAGAAUCGGCCCACUCUCUGAACACCUGCUUCACUGCUUAGAAGCGAGUGAAUUUUCCGACUUCCAGAUAAUAUUGAGAUCCUCCAAAGAUAUCUUCAUGCCAAUAGUCUUCAAAGCACAUAAAGUGGUGAUAAGCCGUAGCAGUUUCAUGGCCGAUGUCUUGAUGGCGACAAUUCAGAAAGAGCGUACCAAUGAGAUUGUCGCUGUUGGAAAUGAGAACUUCUGUAUGAUCAAAGGCUUUGAAUAUGCGCUGCAACACUUGUACGGGAGGCCACUUCUGACAGCAGGACAGCUCAGAUUGGCGACUCUGUCCACCUAUGGAUACUCGGAGAACAAUGUGGGGAAAAUACAAUUCUCACUCACGGCGGCCAUGGCAGACUUCGCCCUGUGCUAUGCUGCAUCGGGGGCCUUCUUUCAACAAGAAGCAAUCAUUGAAACGGGUAUCAGGCUAGCCAUUAAGCUGAUCGACUGGGAAAUAGUCGAAUGCAUCCUCUAUUUCGGAGUUUGCACGACAAGACCGGCUGUUGCCCUCGAGCAGACUGCUCCAAUCGACAAGACUGGAGAUUAUGACGCAGCAGAAGAGCUGCAAAGAUGGGCUCCACGGCUAGUUGGUUCGGCUCUGCAGUUUGUAACCAGGCACAUGGGCAAGGACUUCACACUGUACACCAAGGCGCAGAGUAGGACUCUGCCGAAUCGAAUCCCAGAAAGCCUGCGGGGUGUUCUUGGUCCAGUGAUCACUAGUCCUCGAUCGUUUGCGUCUCGCCAGGGAGAAACCCCGAACCGAGAGGUUGAGGUGCCCUCUGCGAUAUUGAUCUACCUUCCGUACAAGCAUCUAGAACAGAUGUUCGGGGUCAUGGAAGCGCAGAAUAUCUUAUCGAGUGACCUCGCCCAGGCGGUAAUAGUAGAGCGCGAGACACGCCGCCUGCAAGCCCUUCGAGCCCUUGCGAAACAGGGUGUCAAAGACGAGCUAAGUGCUACCGAUGGGGUUCGAGAGCUGGGAUAUCAAGAGACGGUCACUGUUACAGAAGCGCAGGGUCCAGCUAUUACUCUCAACAGGGAGUGGAUUGGUCUGGCUGUUGUGGAGGAGACGGUCGCGACACCCAGAGUCAAACGUGUGGUCAAGAAGCACAAGAAGCACAAGCGUAAGAGGUAA